AUGACCGGCGUGGCGACUUCUUUAAGUCCCCUAGCGGCCGCAACAGACACAUUUGAAACGAUUGCUAUUGACGGCACUACAUUCGCUCUCAAUGGUGACAAUGUCUCAUACAAUUUCCAUGUUGACAAUAGUACUGGAGAUUUAUUGUCAGAUCAUUUUGGAGGCAGCGUCAGAGGUCCAAUUCCCACAGAAACAGUACCGGCUGUGGAUGGCUGGGUUGGAAUGCCCGGCCGUGUUAGACGCGAAUUUCCCGAUCAGGGCCGGGGCGACUUCCGUUCUCCCGCAGUUCGCAUUCGACAAUCUGAAGGAUAUACGGUAUCCGAUCUACAAUACAAAUCGCAUGAUGUGAUCCGUGGCAAGCCUACCUUGAAAGGUUUACCAGCAACCUUUGGGACGGAGAGUGAUGUGACUACUUUGAUUGUUCAUUUGUAUGACAAGUAUAGCGCAAUUUCCGCUGAUUUAUCAUACUCAAUUUUCCCUAAAUUCGACGCUGUUGUACGAAGUGUCAAUAUUACAAACCGAGGCACCGGUGAUAUUACUAUCGAGGCGCUUGCAAGUAUGAGUGUGGACUUUCCAUAUCAAGAUCUAGAUAUGAUCACUCUGAGGGGUGACUGGGCGAGAGAAGCCCACCGCGAGAGAAGAAAGGUUGAAUAUGGGAGACAAGGAUUCGGAAGCACAACGGGCUACUCUUCACACCUUCACAAUCCAUUCCUUGCAAUCAUGGACCCGGCCGCUACCGAGUCUACGGGUGAGGUGUGGGGCUUCUCACUCAUUUAUACUGGAUCUUUCAGUGUAGACGUUGAAAAGGACUCCCAAGGGUUUACACGAGCUCUUCUCGGACUCAACCCAAAUCAGCUUUCUUGGUCACUUGGGCCCGGUGAAUCUUUUUCCUCACCAGAAUGCGUAGCGAUUUAUUCUAACAGCGGCAUCGGUGGCAUGUCCCGCUCAUUUCACGGUUUAUAUCGGAAGCAUCUUAUCAAAAGCAAAUUUGCUACAAAAGAUCGCCCCGUGCUUCUUAAUAGCUGGGAAGGACUUGGAUUCAACUAUAACGAAAGUACCAUUUCUAAGUUGGCACAGGAGUCAGCGGACCUUGGGAUCAAAUUAUUUGUCUUGGAUGAUGGGUGGUUUGGCGACAAAUAUCCCCGAACCUCUGACAACGCUGGUCUUGGUGACUGGGUUCCUAACCCAGCCCGCUUUCCCGACGGAUUAGCCCACGCUGUACAAAACAUCACAGAUUUCAAGGUGGCCAAUACCUCUACAAAGCUACGAUUCGGAAUUUGGGUUGAGCCUGAAAUGGUUAACCCCAACUCAAGUCUGUAUCGCAAGCAUCCAGACUGGGCAUUACAUGCAGGGUCGUACCCGCGCACGGAGCGACGUAAUCAGCUUGUGCUGAACCUGGCCCUUCCGGAGGUCCAAGAUUAUAUUAUCAAAUCAGUGGCCGAUAUUCUUAAUAGUGCUGAUAUUACAUACGUGAAAUGGGAUAACAACCGAGGCAUCCAUGAAAUGCCCUCUCCUUCGACAGACCACAAAUACAUGCUUGGAAUGUAUCGAGUUUUUGAUACUUUGACGACUCAAUUUCCAGAUGUUCUUUGGGAGGGUUGUGCCUCUGGUGGGGGGAGAUUUGAUCCAGGUAUUCUGCAAUAUUUCCCUCAAAUCUGGACAUCAGACGACACUGAUGCUGUGGAACGCAUCACGAUCCAACUUGGUACCUCUUUGGUAUAUCCUCCCAGUGCGAUGGGUGCCCACUUGUCUGCCGUUCCGAAUCAACAGACUGGAAGAAGUUUACCUGUAUCUUUUCGUGGCCAUGUUGCGAUGAUGGGUGGCUCAUUCGGUCUAGAACUCGACCCUGCUGAUAUACCCGAAGCAGACAAGGCCGCUCUUCCGAAACUUAUUGCUCUCGCUGAAAAAGUCAACCCAAUUGUCUUAACAGGCGAUAUGUAUCGACUCAAUAUUCCCGAGGAAUCAAAUUGGCCUGCUGUCCUUUUUAUUUCCGAGAAUGGCCAGCAAGCAGUGUUGUUCUAUUUCCAAAUCAAUCCCAACAUCAACCAAGCAGUACCAUGGGUCAAGAUGCAAGGGUUGGACCCGAGUGCAAUGUACAACGUAGAUGGGAAUACGUCAUACUCGGGAUCCGUUCUCAUGAACAUCGGAUUGCAGUUUCCGUUCAAAACAGACUACGGAAGUCAAGUGAUCUUCAUUGAGAAGCAGUGA